CUUGUCCGUUGUAUGUGAUACCAAUAUUUUGGCGUCUAUAUAAAGCCAAUCUCCUCGCUUUGUUGACGAUUUCUUGUUACUCAGGCUCCCGCAUGUUUGUUGCGCACGUCCUCAAAUCCACUACACAACACUCGUGGUCUCGACAGUCAAACCAACUUCACUCACUCAUUGCCACCAAUACAAUAUCACCAUGGCUUUAGAUAAAGUAUUGAUCCGUUGCUCUGAGCCCUCAGAAGUUGCGCUGUAUCUGAAAGCAGCUUCUGCAGAUUUAAGUGCAGCUUCACUUACCCAAGACCUCCUCGCCGCGAUAGAACGUGGCUCCAUAACACCUUUCACCUUCUCCAUCUGGCUCGGUGUCUCACGUUACGAUCCCUCGGUCAUCUCACAAGCACUUACGCAGAACAUUUCUGUCCAGAUCCGUAAGUAUGGGAUCCACGCAUUUCGCAAAACGUUCGGAUCAUCUCGCUGGAAGGAGACUUGGGAAGGGCUUGGUGGGAACACUGGAUUGGUCGCGGUAUGCAGUGAGUUCUCAGUCAUCGAAGUCGGCACAUUCUGUGGAGCAAUUGGACAGUCCGCCAAGCAAGAUGAUUGUGAAGAGAAGAGGGAGGCUGUGAGCACAUUGCUUGCAGCUUUGCUUCCUCGAUUCUUGAGUGGUAUUGCCGACGUCGAGGAGACGGGUCCAACAACAUCUGACCCCAGACCGUUGUCGAAGCAAUACAUAAAGAUUGUCCCUGCGUGCACAUCAAAGAUUGUCACGGAAGUGAUAGAGCACGCGGUGAAGGGGGAUUGGAAGUAUGUGAGGAAGGGAUGUUGGUUACGAAACCAUGCGGACACCAUAGGGAAGCUCGCGCUACAGGCGACCCUAGCAAACAAGGAGAUGGAGCCGAAAUGGCUUCCAGAUCUGCUUCGACAACAACCUCCAAGUCCGAGUAGUCAGCCUAAGUUUUCGGCAUCUAUGCUGUUUUCUUUCGAGGUUCUGAAGACUCUCGUGGGAUCCGGGGAGGCCAAACUUCCGAAGCAAACUUUCAUACCAGGACUGGUCGAAUCUUUACUUCGACGUGCCAUCAAGAAGAAAGUACCAUGGAUUCAAACACGCCAGAUUGUCGAUCUCAGCAUACAAUACUUGAAUCAGCAUCCCGAGGCAGCAGCAGUGGUCAAUACCAGACCGAAGGGCCUCUUGUACCUUGUGAUUUCCAGCUGGUCCAAGAAGCCAGAGCUCUUUGAAGCUCCACUACGAAUGCUGUUGGUAAAGCUUGGCAAGAAAUCAUGUUUCGAGGACGUGGCGGAGGUUCAAUUCCUUUCCAGUGGAAUCAAGAAAUCCUUUCGAUAUUCUUUCCUGCGAAUCUACUGCCAAGAGGUCGCCAAAGUCGACAUCGACGACGAAAGGGAUCUUGCGAAACUUAAAUAUCCCUUUCUGUAUACGGUACUUGAAGAGAUGGAUGCAAGACAUGCAGUAGGGUUGCUUCGUCGUCUACAGGCUGCCAGGGGCGAUGAAGACAUUAUUAGUCAGGGUCGGUCGCGUUUCCAAUGGGCAAGGAUGGCCAUCCACCGAAAUGCAAAAGGAUUGGAUCCAAACCUCAUGUGUCUGAUCUUAGGGCAACAGGUCCUGGACACAGAAGAGAUAUUGACAAUUGCAUCGGCAAAGAUCGAGGAGUUGAAAAAGAAGGCAAAGUUGAGUGCAGACUCCAACGACCGCGUGUGGAACUCGCAGAUGGCACAAGCUUAUGCGAUUGCGAGUGGCAGAUCGGAUCUUCUGAAAGAUUUCCUCUUGUGGGCUCAGAGAUUUGUGCGUGAUCCAAGAGCGAAAGAAAUUCUUGUUCAUGAUAGGAUGACUUUAGACUUGACCGAGCUCAUGUGUGGCGUUCCGGAGGAUCUGAGAGCCAGACAGUAUACCCCCAACGAACUGAAAGAGCGUGUCAAAGGAGGCAAUGAGAUUUUUAAGGUUAUCUUCGAUACGAUCCGUCUUCUUUCGCAAGAGCCAGGGUUUAGCAUUGGUCAAUGGGAGGAUCGCUAUAAUCUAUUCCACGAUGUCAUGCGACUACGAAUGCGACGGUCGUCAUCUUUGAAGUCAGUUCUAGCCCUCGAGGACAACGAGGUUUUCGACAUACUUUGGCCAAACACCCUCGACCUGCUCAUCGGAGUGGAAAAGGUUGGCUUGAGCCCCGGACAAGAGAUGUUGGGCCUCAACAAGCUUGGAGGCAUCCUUGGGGUUAGGCACGUAUGGUCAUACAUUGAGCUAAAAGACGAACAACCAUCCACAUAUCGCUUCUUGGAUGAAUUCGCAAAAAGGCGUGAUAGCCUUUGGCGCGAACACAGGCCAACCGUUCACCCAGCAGCCGCGAGUAUGCCAGAAAUCUUCCCGACUGGACUGGCUAUCCAAGACUUGAUCCGUCCAUAUGUCCUCAAUGUUCCAGACUUGGACAAAAUUUGCCCUUACAUAUAUAGCCGUGCUCACGCAGCCGUCUAUCCCGACCCUACAAAGGCGCUCGAGCCGAUUCCUGACGAUGAAGAGCUCCGCGAAGCGUACGGGUAUUUCAUAGACGAUUACAUAUUCGCUCUCAAGCUACUAUCACCAUCAUCAUUGGAGAAGCACGAACAAGAGCAACGUGCCGAUGAUGCAUGGAAACAUGCGGUUGGUGCGUUGAGUGAGUCGCGAAUGACUCCCGGCGAGGCAGAGCGUUUCUGGAGUAAUUGGGCAGAGCAGGUCGACUCCACCAAUUUGCGAUCAUCUUUCAGACCAGCCGGACAAAUUCUUAGAGAGUGGCCUGUGGUUCCUAAAGUGGACGAUCCAUGCGAGACGGAAGAAUGGAAUCCAGUGCCUGACGCAUUGAAAGACAUCCCAUCAAAGCCUCUCGGAGGAUUGACGUACAUCGAUUUAUCACGAAACAUCAGCAACGACACGUCGAACAGCUUGACGAUUAGAUCAACCAUGAAACCUUUCGAGCCAGCUGUUCCAGAGAAGGAAUUCAACGAGCCAGACAUUUUCGAUCAGUCCAGGAAUAAUAAAGGGUCAGCCUCGCCAGCGGUUCGGGAAGGCCAAAUCCUCGCUGCGUUGCUGUACCUAGACUCGAGUGUCUCGUCGAAGUCCCGCAUACUUGCCAAUACCCCAUUCCCUGCGCGGGACGACGUACGUUUCCCCUGUGUGUAUCUGGAACACAAAUUCCUAUCCAAGGACAUGAAGACACAGUGGGCGAUCAAGACACUUCAGCAGCAUAUCAAGAGCGUUCCUCCGAACUUACUUGCACAAGUCGUCGAACACGCCGUGCACGCACUCGACACAUCUUCCAGCGAAGAGGCGCAUGCUGGUCUACAAUUGACGACUUUCAUGCUCAUCAAACUGCUCGCGAAGAGUGAUAGGCCGAUGUUGGCGUCAAGGGUCGCCAUCGAGACAGUUCUAAAGCGACCGAAAGCGAGCGCGUGGCAUCGUCAAUUGAUCGCAAGAGGAUAUUUCAGGCGGUUGUCUGCGUCAGAUGCGAGAGCAUGUCUAGCAACAUUCGCUGAUGCCAUCAUCGAACGAAUAGAUGAGCAGGCGCAACAAGAUAGUGUCUACAACAAGCCAGGGUCCAGAAAGAAAGAUCCAUCCAUGCCAUUCCCAGAUCCUCUGAUUAAGGUUACUACAGUCAAACUACUGGCACAGCUUCUCGGAGACACAGACAUAGUUUCAGAGAAAUUUGCGGUUGACCUCUUGACGACGUUGAUACAGAAGGCAUCACACGUUGACAUUCGAAGGCCCGUCGUCGACAGUCUACUCACCAUGCUACUCGUAACCUCUUCCGUCAACUUACAGAAACGUAUCUUCUCGUCCCUCGAAGACAUGAUACCCAUCGUCGCGAACCUCAACGAGCGCUGCAGAUUGACAGACGCAGACUGGGACGUCUGCGCACCGGAUCCACCAGAGAUCGAGUACAAUUUCAGCUUUUAUGAUGAACAGUCCAGACCGAUGCUCGGGUCCUUCCGCAACUUCCUCAAAAACAGCCUCUCGAAGGACUCGCCGCACACGGGGCCCUUCAUGUCCCGCAUCAUGCUGCCCAUCCUUACGCGCCUCCAAGAAGGCACCACCAAAUGGAUGUCACUAUUUCUCCGCAAGCACGGCGUGGGCAGAAAGAUCCAAAACGAGCUUGCCCUCACCUAUCCACCAGGAGGUUAUGAACUAUGGCAAGCCGUACUACAGACACACCCAGAGCACGUCCCAGUGACUGUGUUGGAGCAACUCGUCCAACACAUCAUCCUCAACGCGAACCCCCCAGCCCCAAUCGCAGAACUGAACAAGCGAUUCCGCGACGACUCAGCGCUUCUCUCCCAGCAAGCCGUGAGGUACUGGCUCGCAACCUUCGGCCAAGGCCUGGACGCCAUCCGCGCCGUCGCGCCCUCCGUCCUCCCACCCCUCUUCGGCGUAUCCCCCUCCAAGCUCGACGACACCACCGCCGGCGUGACCACGAAGCGCGCACAGGAACUCUACCUCAACCUCUUCACCGUCGCAGUCCUCCGCGGCCACGCGAGCAACGACGACGCAACCUACCUCGCGACAACCCUGAAGCCGACGACCUUCACCGACCCAGCAUGGCUCGAACACAAGCGUCCCGUCGUCGAAGCCAUGGUCCUAUACGUCGAGUCGCUGCGCACCAAAGCAUGGCACGCGGACCCCAACCGCAGCCCCCGCGUCCUACCAGACUUGUACGAGCAGCGACUCUGGCUCCUCAAGUGGCCCGCCACUCUUGACGUCCCGCCGUCCACCGUUUCCCCCGCCGUCGCGGCCGAAGAGCGGGACCGCAGAUGCAAGGUUUUCGCGGAGCAGGUCGCGAAGGAGGUGGAUGGGUUCGCGGGCCGCAUCUACCACGGUAGGCUCGCGACGCUGGCGGAGUACCUGCAGGGUGGUUACCUUUCCGGCGUCGACAAGGUGGUCGUCGCGCUGCAUCUUGGGGACAUCACGAGGACGAGGCUGAGUUGGAUCACGCUGCAGGACCAGUUGAGGGUCGAGCUGGCGAGUAAGUUGAUUAGGGGUAUCGGCGGGAAGUUGCUCGUCGAGAGGCCCGCGCCGCGCGGCGAGAUGGUGAUGCUCAGGGGCGUCAUGUAUACUUCUUACGGACCUCCUGGAGAUGAGGAGAGGGAUUUUGACAGGGAUGUCGAGGUGCUGGAAGAGAAGGUGGAGGGCAUGAUCACGACGUGGAAGAUGAGUGAGAACGAGGAGGUGAGGAGGAUUGGGUACGCUGCUCUUGGGGCUUCAGGGCCGGGAGGUCACGAUUCGGAUUCGUAUGUUUAUUAGGCAUGUACGCAUGGCAAGGCAUGGUAAGGCAAGGCAUGGCAAGGCAAGGCAUCACUAGGAAACCGAUGAUUUUUGGGGGGUGUGGGGGGAUACCUGGAAAUCGAAGAUCGACAAGCAUGGGCAAUGUCGGCCAGGCUCAUGGGAAAAUUCAAAUCAGGAUGGCAAUUGCGCAUGACGAAAACAUGGGAUUGUUGGAAAUGCCAUGGCAUCAUGGGCAAUGUGGCCGCAAUCUCGAUGACGGCAUGGGGAUGAUCCCCCAACGGAUCCCAUGUCUCAAUGUAUGAUUAGAAAUGCGGAACAAAAAACAUAUAUGACUCCGCACGCGCGAGCAGGGAUGUGAACGCGUGAGAAGUGACAGGGAGUUGAGAUCAAUGAAGUCAUCGAGCAGAUUUUAAAAGCGGACAUGGUG